CAAAGCCAGUGGCCCCGCAGAGGCGGGAGCGGGGCCAUGGCUGAGGCCGCUGAGCCCCCUGGUGAAUCCCGAGGCGCUGAAGUUAAAGCCCAGCAGCCCGCGGAAAAAACACUCGGAGGACCACCAAGGCGCGCCCCGCGCUCGGUGCUGAAAGUGUCCCAGCUGCUGCUCCGGGCCAUUGCGGCGCACAAAGGGCUGACUCUGGCGGCCCUCAAGAGGGAGCUUGGAAACGCUGGCUACGAAGUGUGCAGGAAGAGUGGCCGCCACUGGGGCGAUACGCCCAGGUCCGAGGUGAAGGGCACGCUCCUUCGGGUCAGCGGCAGCGAUGCUGCAGGCUACUUCAGAGUCUGGAAGAUUCCGAAGCCGAAGAGAAAGUCGGGACGCUCGAGGUUGGAGGUGAGUGUCCGCCCUUCAAGGAGGACCCCACCAAGGCCCCGGAACCCACGAAGGCGCCGCGUGCGUCGCAAGGCGGCCAAGAAGGCAAGAGACUCAUGGAGACGAGAUGCGAAGGCAAACGCGAGGGCGAAGAAGGCGAGGAGGCCAAGAGCCAAGGACCAGAGGCGUGCCAGAGCCAAGAAGGAAGUGAGGGUCAGGGUUAUGGAUGAGGGGAGAGGACAGUCCAUGAAGGAAGAACCCAGGCCUAAGUCAGGAGAGAAGAGGCCAAGCUCGAAGUACAGGCAAGAGAAGCGUGACCCUGAGAAGCUGGUAAAACGGUCCAUCCAGAAGCCAAGCCUGGUCAAAAGCGACCAGGCUUCUAGUGGGCAGGAGAAGACUCGCACAAAGACUUCCACUAAAUCUGAAGGAAUUCGGAAGGCAGUCAUGAAUCCGUAGGGUGGGGAGCAGCUUGCUUUCUUCCAGACACAGAUGCCUUUCCCUCCAAAGCUCCAACAAGCUGUAAGACUCAUUCAAACUGGACAAAACUAUUUACAGGGCUUUUCCACCACAUUGUGUCUGUCUCCUCUUUGCACAACUGGAAAGGGAGGGAUUGUGGGUGUUUAAGGUGAGUUGUGUAACAGUAUGUGGGGUGAAGAGAGAAAAAGGAGCUGAAGUUCUGUUCCUGCUGCAGGACCCGGAGAAAUGCCCUUUAAAAGGAAAGCAAACAGGAAAACCACAUCUUAAGGGGGUUAGACAAUCUAGCAAAUCCAAAUUGAGUUUGACGAAGAGGGCAUG